AUGGUAGAAGAACAAAAGAAGGAAGAAGAAAUGAAGAAGGAAGAAGAACAGAAGAAAGAAGGGGAUCAGAAAGUUGGAAUAGAAGAACCGGUGCUGAAAGAAAAUGAGGUGCUCAUGAAGUUAAAAUGUCAAGAAAUAGAAUUGAUGAGCAGCCUGGCACAGGAGGAGAAGGCUGCAGAACCCUGGUUUGAUUCCGCACGUCGCACGGUCGUUUCGCAAUCGAUUUGGUGUCAAAUCCGGGACCUACAAAACAUUGAUGAGAUAAAUGAUUUUGCGAAAUGGCUUCUUGAAAUUGGUGAAGGCAAUCUCGGUGAUGGUAACAAUGGCGAUUCAACUAUAGAAAUACCAAACGAUCUUUUAAUCAUUGAUUCAAUUGAUCCAAUUCAAAGCUUGAUUGACUUUGUAUAUCCGUCAGUUCUUCACCGUUUUAAAGAUCGUGACUACUUUUCAGAAAGAGCCAUACUUGCUCCUAAAAAUGAAGUUGUACAUGGUAUCAAUGAUCGUUUGCUUGCAUUAUUUCCCGGUGAAGAAGUAGAGUAUCUUAGCUCAGAUAGUCUAUGCCCAACUGAGGAAAUUAAUGAUCCAUUACACCAAGAUUUGUAUAAUCCUGAUGUGUUAAAUAGUGUCAUUGUUUCUGGCUUACUCAAUCAUAGAUUGGUGUUAAAGUUGGGUGUUCCAGUCAUGCUUUUGAGGAACAUUGAUCAGCAAAAUGGUUUAUGCAAUGGUACGUGUCUUCAGAUUACACGUCUUGGUAAACGUGUUAUCGAGGCUGAGAUACUAUCGGGAGGUAAUGUUGGUUCAAGAACUUACAUACCCAGAAUUAGCAUGAUACCGUCGGACAAGAAAAUACCCUUCAAGUUUCAACGAAGGCAGUUUCCAAUAACCGUAUGUUUUGCCAUGACUAUUAACAAAAGUCAAGGACAGUCUCUUUCCAGAGUUGGUCUGUACCUAAGAGACCCCGUUUUCUCACAUGGCCAACUUUAUGUUGCGUUGUCGAGAGUAAAGACCAGAGAUGGCGUGAAGCUUUUAAUAUUUGACAAAGAUGGAAGGCCAACGAAUACAACUGCAAAUGUUGUUUACAAAGAAAUAUUUGGAAAACUGUAG